AUGUCGGCCGAUGACCAGCAGUUUCUGGACGUUCUCUCGUCCCUGCCCAACCACAUCCGCCGGUACUCCGACGAUAUUGCCAACCAGAUCAAUAGCCAGGUCGACAAGGCUGCCGAAGUCGUCCGCGACACUCUAUCCUCAGCACAAUGGAUCCCCGACUCUGUGCGCCCGACGCCAGUGUCUCGUUCCGUACCCAUCGAGAUCAUCGCUGUGACGCGCUAUGAACAAGUUCGGGACUGGAUAUCUCGGAACAAGCUCGUCACGGGAGCUGCCGUCGCCGUCUUUGGCGUUGUCGUGUACAAGACGUACAGGAGUAGCAGUCUCUACCGCAAGACGAGGAGAGCCAAGCGUGCGAGAAACGGUGGUCGCCUGGAGGUUGUCGUCAUCGCUGGUUCGCCGACCUUGCCUCUGACGCGAUCGCUGUCGCUGGACAUGGAGAGGAGAGGGUUCAUCGUCUUUGUCGUGUGUAAUGCCGUCGAAGACGAGUCCAUGGUACACAACAUGUCGAGGCCGGAUAUCAAGCCGUUGACGAUUGAUGCUACCGACCCCCCAAGCGCCGGCAACGCCAUCGAACGGUUUGCUCAGUACCUCCAGUCACCGCAUGCUCCAGCACCCAGGACGAAACCGAAUUUCCUCGAGCUCAAAUCCGUCAUCCUGAUUCCGUCCCUCAACUACCAGACCUCUCCCAUCGCCACCAUCCCACCCUCCAGCUUUGCCGACCUCUUCAACACCCACCUCCUGCACCCCAUCCUCACAAUCCAGGCCUUCCUUCCCCUUCUCACGGCUCGUCUCAGCCCAGCCGGCGAGAAGUGGCACCCGCCCAAGGUCAUGGUCUUCACCCCCUCGAUCAUCUCUUCCAUCAACCCGCCCUUCCACGCGCCGGAGGCGACCGUCUGCUCCGCCCUCUCAGCCUUCACCGAAGUUCUCACUGCAGAGCUCAGGCCUCUCGGUGUCCCCGUCACCCACAUGCAGCUAGGCACCUUUGACUUUGCGGGCUUCACACCCGCCAAGCCAUCACACACGUCAGCUUACCAGAAGGGGCUGAUCGAGGGCCCCGGCAUUGACGCCGACGCCGCCGAGACGCUCAUGUGGCCCGAGAAUGCGCGCCACGCCUACGGCCGCAACUUUGUCACGCAGAGCACCUCGGCCAUUUCGGCCGGACGCAUCCGAGGCCUCAAGGGCAGCUCGCUGCGACACCUUCACAAUGCCGUCUUUGACGUCGUUGAUGGCUCCAUCACCAGCGGCACUGUCCGCGUAGGCCUCGGCGCCGGUGUCUACGGGUUUGUCGGGCGGUGGGUGCCCCGCGGUAUCGUGGCGUUUAUGAUGGGCAUUCGGCGGGUGGACGAGCUUUCGGCGUGGCAGACGAGCUCAUAUGAUGGGUCUCGCGAGGGCAGCGAAAAUGGCGACAACCAGGACUUUAUCGCUGUCCCUGGAGAUGGAGAGAGCAAUGUUUGGCGACGUUCAUGA